UAGAUUAUUUCAAGGCAUUUGACACAAUCAGUUAUCAGCACCUCUUGGUAUUAUCGAAGAAUAUACUUAUUGUUUGGAUAACAUGAAAAAUUACCUAGUCAGUAGUUUACAGUGUGUAAUAACAAGUAAUACGAUUUUGUUGUUGUGAUGGUGCCUUCCAAAGAUCUAUUAUAGUACCUAUUUUAAUCAUGAUUUACGAGUUUCGUUCCAAAAAUGGGAAUACGAACCCAAUUUCUCUCAUAGACCCAUCUGAACUUAUGAGGCCAGAGCCGUUGUUUGCUUCGAAACCUGUUGGACAAUUCAGAGACUACUCUGUAGAUGAAAAUGAUCCUAUCAAAGAAAGAGUGAGGAAGACCUACACGGAUAUGCAUACAAACCAAACUUUCGACUUUGUGAAAGCGAAGAUUGAAAAAUAUACCAAAUUUAACCACCUCAAAUAUACAAUGAGGGAAGCUCUGGAGAAACUGAAUGACUUGGUAGAUGAAAGUGAUCCUGACGUAGACAUCCCAAAUAUCGUCCACGCUUUCCAAACUGCAGAAAGGAUUCGCAAGGAUUAUCCGGACGAUGAUUGGUUUCAUCUAACAGGACUAAUUCACGAUGCUGGAAAGGUCCUGGCAUUUUUCGAUGAACCACAAUGGUGUGUUGUGGGAGAUACUUUUGUCGUUGGCUGUGAAUGGAGCGAUAAUAUUGUGUAUAGAGAGACAUCGUUCAAAAAUAAUAUUGAUGGAAAAAACCCUAAAUACAGUACAAAAUAUGGAAUAUACGAACCAAACUGUGGACUGGACAACUUGAUUCUGUCUUGGGGCCAUGACGAGUACUUAUACAGAAUGUUGUUGCACAACAAAACGAAGCUACCUCCUCAAGCUCUCGCAAUGAUAAGAUACCACAGUUUUUAUCCCUGGCACUCUUCUGGCGAUUACCAACAUCUCCUUGCUCCAGAAGAUGAAGAAAUCAAAAAGUGGGUUCUCAAAUUUAAGUAAGUCGAUGGUUUCUAUGUAGAAG